GUCAGCAAUAGAUCGGAUUGUUGGAGCGCCCCAGAAGUCUACAAACAUCACGAACAGCGAAGAGUGUGCAUUUCUCGACCGAAAUACCGAGAAGGGAGAAAGGCCAAAGCAGUUAAGGAAGGAGAGACAAAGCCAAACCCAGAAUCAGUAGCCAGUGUGUUCUAUAGAAAAUUGGAACAAAGAGAGUACAGGAAAUGUACAGUAAAGGAGUUGGCAGCAAUUGCUCCAACGACGCCACACAAAAAGUCUCAAAAUGUUAUUCCCUAAACAAAUGCCACAGAUGGACUCACCUUAAUGGCAGUGUACACCAUAAAUCUAGAGUCCCGUUAUCUGAUGGUUCAAGGGGUUCCAGCCAUCGGCGUAAUGACGGAGCUGAUCCAGCUGUGUGCGCUGUAUGGCGUCGUGGAGGAGUACCGACCCCUGGACGAGUAUCCAGCUGAGGAAUUCACUGAGGUUUACCUCGUCAAGUUUCAGAAAUUAACAAGCGCCAGGGCAGCAAAACGCAACAUGGAUGAGAAGAGUUUCUACGGUGGUGUGCUGCAUGUGUGCUAUGUCCCAGAGUACGAGACAGUGGAGGACACCAGGCUGAAGUUGCAAGACAGAAGAAGUUAUAUUGCGAGAGCAGCUCGGAGUAGAGCAAAACAAAGAGAAAAGACAGAAGCAGCACAAGAGAGUUCGGCAUCAUCAGAAGCACCAACCUCAUCAGACAAAAUUCCCGCCAGUCGUGAUGUAACAUCUAAAAUUGAAAGUACAGGAGAGGCUUUAAGCCAGAGCCACUAUUCAGAGUUUCCUCCGCUGCCAUUGCCACCUCGAGAACAGUGUUCAUUCAGACAAAAAAGUCAUCGCAGGCUUGUACCAACAGAGGAUAAAAUGGGGACUUUGCAUAAUGCCUUCUUUAAUGUAGAACAGUGGCAAGCGGACAGUUUGAGCUCUAACCCAACAACCUCUAACAGGGAGCAAGACACAGAGGGCAGACUGGGUCCAAAUCCUGGUUCUGGAGUGAGAUUUAUUCCAAGGAACACUAACUUGGAGAGCAGAAAGCGCAAAGUAGAAGAGUCUGGAGAGCCUGCUGCAAACAUUUCUGGAGAAAACGAGCCGCUGAUUGGACCUAAACUACCGGAACCGGCAAAACUGGACAUGGAAGAUGAGUCAUUAAACACAACUGUCAGCCUAAUCAGGAGCACAAUGAAGCAGGUGGGAUCAGUUCCAGACCUUAAAAGAGUUGAGAAAAAAGCAAAACCACGUCGUCGGAUAUAAACCGGACCGAUGUCUACCACUGCUUUGGAAGUUGGAUGUCUCUCUUUUCAGAUUGCAUUUAUUUAUGUAUUGCAAGCAGAUACUAAGAUUUUUAUUAAAGACACAGUUGAAAGUUUGCACUGA